AUGACAAACAAAAAUUGUUUGGAAGCCUUAGAUCUAUCAUUACAAGACAUUUAUAGCAACAAUGCUCCAUUUGGUGGAAAAGUUCUGAUCAUGGGGGGAAUUUUUUGUCAAGUUCUUCCUGUUGUAAGAAAAGGUACUAAGGCACAAAUGAUUUCAGCGUGUAUUGUUCAGUCUCAUUUAUGGGAUCAUACCAAGGUUUUGCGUUUGCAUCAAAAUAUGCGAUCAUUGCAUGAUCAAGAGUUUGCAAAAUUUCUUAUUCGCAUUGGUGAUGGUGUUGAACCUACCAAAGCAGAUGAUAUGGUGAGAUUACAUUCACAGAUUGCAAUCCCAUGGGACAGUGAACAUUUCAUACAAGUGUUUAUCCAACAUCUUUUUCCUAAUUUAGAAUUGCAUGGUUGGCAUGCCCCAUAUAUGGUACAAAUAGCUAUUUUGACACCAACAAAUGAUGAUGUCCAAAAAUUGAAUGAUAUGAUUAUCGACCAGUUUCCAGGAGAAGAACAUAUUCUAAAGAUGUGA